AUGAAGUCAUUCGCCACCUCGCUCGCGCUCGCCGCGCUCGUCGCCAGUACCGCCAUGGUCUCGGCAUCCACCAUGGAUCAGCCUGACGUGCCCGAUGUCGUUCGACGACACGCUCACAAGCGUGCGGCUCACAAGAGCUGCUCGGCAUCAGGCCAGGCCAAGCACAAGAGCAAGAAGCCAGCUGCCGCCGCAGCGCAAAACUACAAGUCCUCCGGCUCCAAGUCCACUUCCAGCUCGCACUCGCAGUCCAAGUCCGACUCUGACUCGUCCUCGUCCUCGUCAUCUUCCUCGAGCUCCAGCUCGGCCAACGGCAACACCUCGGGUGGCAAGAUGGGUCUGUGCUGGGCCAACCGCGACGGCAUGCCCAUCGACAACUUUGACUUUGGCUCCGUCUCCUGGUUCUACUCGUGGGACUCGGUGCCCGGCUGGGACAACGCGCCCGUCGACAAGCUCAUGUACUGUCCAAUGCUCUGGGGCUGGAAGAACGCCGACUCGUUCAAGAAGAACGUCCUCGACAACCUCGACGCCAAGUCCAACCAGCACAAGUGUGCCAUGGCCAUGAACGAGGUCAACCAAAAGGGCCAGUCCGACAUGAGCCCCCAGGACGGAUGCAAGCUCAUCGAGGAGUACCUCCUCCCACUCAAGAACAAGGGCUGGUACCUCAUGGGUCCCUCCACCACCAACGCCCCCGACGGCAAGACCUGGUACCAGAACUUCAAGAAGGCCUGCCCCGACACCUUCAACAAGCUCGACUCCAUCGCCAUCCACUACUACGGCACCUCCAGCGACGACUUCAAGCAGUACCUCCAGGACUGGCACCAGACUUUCGGAAAGGACAUCUGGGUCACCGAAUUCUCAUGCCAGGACUUCUCCUCGAAGAACCAGCAGUGCGACAAGGACAAGACCAAUGCCUUCGCCAACGAAGUCACUUCUUUCAUGAACUCGCAGGACUGGGUCAAAGGAUGGGCUCCUUUUGCCGUCAUCCAGAACCUCCAGGGAGUCAGCGAGACCCAGCGAUUGAGCAAUGGCAACAACCCCACUGCCCUCUUCCGUACCUACGCCAACGCCAACUAA